CUAUUUGAUCUGGGUGGUGAUUUAGAAAGUUAUUUCUAUUCUUUUCCCACGAAUUUCUCUUCGAAGCGUGCCUAUGAUCAUGCGUAAUCGUAUUCUUUUUUCCCUUUUUUCUUUUAAUAGUAAUUUGUUUAUAUAAUUUUUGUAAUCGAUAUAGAAUUGAAUUGAUAUCGUAAAUUGAAGAAGAAAAACAAACAAAGGGGGCAAAAAGCCGGUGGAAAAAUAUCAUUUGAAUACGAACAGGUUGGACCAUUGAGAAGACGGUCACGCGCGUCCGAAGCGACGGGAUUAUGGCGGCGGAAGCACUGCCGGCGACGAAAUUGGCCUAUUUCGACGACAUGUGGGCUGUUGAAGCUGCCGCCGUCCUCCUCGCCCAGCUCCAAACCGAAGACGGCCGCAUCGCGCUGAUACUGGAUUCUACCAUCUUCUACCCCCAGGGUGGGGGGCAGCCAGCCGACACCGGCUUCAUCUCAGGGCCUGCCUCUGGCGUCAAGUUCGUCGUGGAGGACGUGAGGUUGAAGGACGGGCUGGUUUACCAUUAUGGUUUUUUAGAGGGUCCUCAGAGUGAUUGUGCUGUCGUGCCAAAACUUGGAGACGAACUUAACUUGCAUGUUGACCCCCAAAGACGGGACCUUAACUCAAGACUUCACUCGGCAGGGCAUUUGCUUGAUGUUUGCAUGCACAAAGUGGGUUUGUCUCAUUUAGAACCAGGAAAAUGUUAUCAUUUCCCUGAUAGUCCAUUCGUCGAGUACAAAGGCCUAAUCCCACAGGAUCUGCUCCAAGUCAAACAAAAGGAAUUGGAGACAGAGACAAAUGCUUUGAUUUUAACUGGAGGAAAAAUUUCAGCUUCCAUCUUAUCAUAUGAUGAAGCUUCUAACUGUUGUGGUGGUGUUCUUCCUAGUUACAUUGCAAAGGAUAGCAGUCCACGAAUAGUGAAGUUAGGUGACCAUCCUGGUUGUCCUUGUGGAGGGACUCAUGUUGAAGACAUUGCUAAUAUAAGGAGCAUGAAAAUCACCCAGAUACGAACAAAGAAAGGAAGCACUAGAGUUUCUUAUAGCAUUGGCGCUUGAUCAUCAGCAAGCCUAGUUCAUCUACAGAUUCGGUACGAAUGAAAUUUGAUACUCAAAUAAACUAUGUAACUACACUAGCAUUUAUCCAAACUAUUCGUAUCUGUCAUUUCCACCAGUGUAUCUCUGGUCUGGUUGGUUAUUUGUAUUUUAUGAAUCUGAAAUAACAGGUGAAGAAAAACAAGACGAUAUUUCUGUCA